AUGUCUGGAGAGGCGUGGCUGUACCUGUUCGCCGUGUUGAUAAACGCGGUGAACCUGUUCCUGCAGGUCUUCUUUACGAUCAUGUACAGCGACCUGGAGUGCGACUACAUCAACCCCAUUGAUCUCUGCAACCGACUCAACACGUACAUCAUCCCGGAAGCGGCCGUCCACGGCUUCCUGACCUUCCUGUUCCUCAUCAACGGCUACUGGCUGCCUUUGAUCCUCAACGCCCCGCUCCUUGCUUGGAACGUUAAGAAAAUCAUUGACAACACUCACCUGCUGGACGCGACGGAGAUCUUCCGGAAACUCAACGUCCACAAGAAGGAAUCUUUCAUCAAGCUCGGUUUCCACCUCGUCAUGUUUUUCUUCUAUCUGUACAGCAUGAUCGUCGCUCUGAUCAAAGAUGAGGGCCACUAG